AUGGGCUCCAAGCACUCGCGCCCCUCAACGCAGUCAACGACCGACGCGGCCCGUCCACGUGCGUCGAGAGCCCAUGGCGGAACGGCACCAGUCGCUGACGAGAUUUCGGCCGAAGCGCGCGCCGAGUUCACUGUCGCUGACAUCCACUGCCCGAACAACACGCGACGUGCGCAAACACUGUGGACCAGCGACAACGACCGCUUCUGCAAGUACCGCAACUACUUCAAGAACCACCACAUGUCACUGGCUCGAGAAGUCGGGCGCAAAACGAGUAAGAGCAAAGCAGCGCUACUGCAGUGGGUCGAAGACGCGGUGGGUCCACUGCACGAGGGCGACAAACUGACAAAAGACGAGAUCUUAGAGAUCGCAAUGGUCUCAGCAGCUCUUACCGAGUACACCGAGGCGGCGCUCGCCAAGAUGUACGCUCGGGGCGAGCUCAACGCCCUUCCCAACGUGCCGCUGCACACGCACAACAUGCGCAUGCCUGCAACGCAGCAGGCGUGUCGCAACAGCUCGAACGCGGCGAACAAGGACAAACUCGAGGCCGCCCAUUACAUUGGACUCGAGGUCAUGCUUCGGCUCAACGAGCGUCUCCCCGUGGAGCGUCGCAUGGGCGAUGAGCUGCGCCAGAUCCUCAAUCAUUCGAGCAAUCUCCGCCUCAUGCUGGCGACGAGUAAUCAAGUGCUGCACAAGAAGGUGGACGCGAUGCUGAUCAACGCCAAAGAAGCAGUGGACACGCUGGAGUCGACGACUGCCACACAGCAUAAACAAGCCAAAAAAAUCUCGACUCGUGAAUACGACCGCCUCGUUCAGAUCGCCAAGCACGCUCAAGACGAUAUUUUCCAAGAUGCUAUGAUCGCCGCCAAUGGGCGUCAUUUGUACGUAAGCUUGCGCCAGCAGUUCAUUCUGCUGGACAUCGGCGAUCGACCCGUGCUGUGGGAUCUUGCAAAAGACAAGCCGGAGCUUCAGCAGCCCGUCCGUUCCAGAUUGCGCUCACCGUCACCAGUAAGGGGACCGCGAUUAGCGCCUCCGUCACCAGCAAAGAAGCGGGACCCAGAAUCAAGGAUCCGAAACAAUGCUGUGUCAAGCACACCCGCGUCUACUGAGAAGCAUCAUCGCAACCCGUUUUCUCGUUUGGCAGCUAAGAUAUUCCGAUCGCGUCACAAGAAAAAAGAGGCGCAGGCAUCUGUCCCCGCUAUGACGACACGAGAAAUCUCCAGUGAGCCUCCACGGUCCGUCGCACCUGCGAGAUCGGCAAAAACGAACAAGAAGAAACCGUUGGCGAAAACAAAAGCGACGCCGCAGACUAAGAACGCGAACAAGCCGAAGCCGUCGAGAGCAAAGCGAAACCCUCGACCUCCGGUCGCUGCGAAGAAGACAGCGAAACAAUCGGUUUCACGUUCGAGCCAAGAGUCUUCGUAUCGCGACAGCUCGUCUUCAGAUGGCAGUGAUUACACCGACGCCGAUGUGGUCCAGACGGACGACCGCGUAUAUCAUGUUGGCCCUCGCGGAGGCAAAUAUUACAUCAACGAGGCUGGCAAGAAAGUGUAUGCGAAAGAAGCGUGA